AUGAAGAGCCUGGAAAAAGUCAUGAAACGUGCUGAUGUAACUAUUGCCACAAAAAUUCAAAUAGUCAACUCUAUGGAAUUUCCACUGACACUGUAUGGACCCGAAAGACGGACGGGGGAGGCCGAGGGGGAGGCCGCGUGCGGGGCCUGCGCCUGGCGGCAGGGCGCCGAGGCUUCGCGCCUCGAGGUCAUCAAAGUCCAGAUCCUCAGCAAGCUGCGGCUGGACGCGGCGCCCAACGUCAGCCGGGAGGCCCUGGGCAGGUUGCUGCCCCGAGCGCCCGCCCUCCAGGACCUCGUCGACCAGUACGACGUGCAGAGGGACGACAGCAGCGGCGGCUCCCUGGAGGAGGCCGACUCCCACGCCACCACCGAGACCAUCCUCACCAUGCCCUCGCAGCAGGCGGGGCUCCUGUGGCAGGCGGAAGGGAGGCCCAAGUGCUGCUUCUUCAGGUUGAGCCCCCGGAUCCAGCCCAACAAGGUGCUCAAGGCCCGGCUCUGGGUCCACCUGCGGCCCGUCCUCAAGCCCACCACCGUCUUCGUGCAGAUCCUCAGGCUCGUCCAGCCCGGAAAACACAGCUCCAGGCACCCCGGGAUCCGCUCCCUGAAACUCCACGUGCAGCCCACCCGCACGGCAGGGGCCGGGGCCGGGACCGGGACCGGGGGCGGGGGCGGGGCCGGGCCCGGGCCCGGGGGCAUCUGGCACAGCAUCGACGUGAAGACGGUGCUGCAGAACUGGCUCAAACAGCCCGAGUCCGACCUGGGCAUCGAGAUAAAGGCUCUGGACGAGAGUGGACACAACCUGGCUGUCACCUUCACAGGCCCGGGAGAGGAGGGGCUGAACCCCUUCCUGGAGGUCAGGGUGAUAGACACCCCGAGGAGGUCGCGGAGAGACUUCGGGCUGGACUGCGACGAGCACUCUGCCGAGUCCCGCUGCUGCCGCUACCCCCUGACCGUGGACUUCGAGGCCUUCGGCUGGGACUGGGUCAUCGCCCCCAAACGCUACAAGGCCAACUACUGCUCCGGAGACUGCGACUUCGUCUUCCUGCAGAAGUACCCGCACACCCACCUGGUCCACCAGACCAACCCCGGGGGCUCGGCCGGCCCCUGCUGCACCCCCACAAAGAUGUCCCCCAUCAACAUGCUCUACUUCAAUGGCAAGGAGCAGAUCAUCUACGGGAAGAUCCCCGCCAUGGUGGUGGACCGCUGCGGCUGCUCUUAG